AUGUUUGCUGCAAUGAUCCACAAACCUUCUCUUAAACUGACCCUAAAUAUUCCCACCACCCCAGUCCAACCCCUUCCUCAUGGUGGCUACCAGUCCUACCCGCCCUACAGUCAGCCGUACAACCCUGCGCUAGUGGCGUACAACAACGACCAAGGAGGCGAAGAGGAGGAGGAGGAGGAUGAAGAGGAGGAGGAGCAAGACCCUUAUUACCGUGGCUACCCCCAACAGUACCGCCCCCAGCCGCCCUCCAGACAGGCCUACGGGUACCACUCGAACCCCGCCCACUCUGAGGAUACAGAGCUGAGGUCACCGGGCGUCUCCAGGAGGUUUCCACGUGACGUUGUUGUCAUGGAGGAGAGCGAGGAGGGAAAACGUUAG